AUGACGAUGAGUCAAAAAUCUACUGAGACGAUUAAAAACAUUUACGAGCACCUGCUGCAGCCCGUCCUGUCAAACCUUCAUAAACAGAGACAAGCUGAAGACACCAAGCUGUCCACAUCAGCCUGGUGUCCCCGCGUCCUCACGGUCCACAGUGUCCACAGUGUCCACAGUGUCCAGACUUUUUCACCUCCCGAGUCAGAUCCAGAUGACCUGUCUCUUCGUCCCUCUGUGGAGGACGGAGACUACGAGUCGUCCGUCUCUCUGGAGAAGCAGGACUCUGAUCGUCCAAUCAGCCUCAAGAGGGACAAAUCAGGUCGUCUGGUCCUGGAGACUCCUGCUGACCUGCAGAAUCUGCUGCUGCUGCGGAGAACCAAGAGAGAACAGAGAGCUGCAGUCAGGAAGCCAGCAGCAGCGCCGCCUGCUGCUAACUGCGUGCCGUAUUAUGUGGAUGAGGACGAUUUCUUUAAGGCCUGUGAUCACAAACAGCUGCUGGUGAUUGACAGGUACCUGUCCACAGGUGGGGACAUCAACGCCUGCGACACGUUUGAGCGAACAGGUCUUCACAGAGCCAGUUCUCAGGGUCACACAGAAGUAGUCACCAAACUGAUCCAAGCUGGAGCCGACGUCCACAAAAGAGACAAGCUGUGGUCCACUUGUGUCCACUCUGCCUGUCGAGGAGGACAUCUGUCUGUCCUCAAACUGCUGCUGAACUUCGGAGCAGACAUCACUGCCAGAGACAAGCUGGAUAGUACUCCUCUUCAUGUCUCUGUGAGGACCGGACACUACGACUGUGUGGAACAUCUGAUUCACUGUGGAGCUGAAGUCAACACACAGGACAGGGAGGGAGACACUCCACUUCAUGACGCUGUUCGGAUCAACAGAUUUAAAGUCGUGCAGCUGUUGUUGCUGCGAGGAGCCGACACACACAUCACCAACCAGGAGGGACGCUGUCCUCUGGACGGGGUGUUGGAGUGGCAGAAUGAAACAAAAACUCUCAUUGAGCAGAAUGACAGGAAGUGAUGUCACUGACAGCGUGACAGAUCGACCAAUCACUGCUUCCAACAGCUGCUUCUUCUUUUUAUUUGAAUGUGAAAAUUUAAACUUUAUCUCUUUGCUUUUUCUCAGACAAACUUGAUUGAAACAGAACGAGCUGUGAUUAGCAGUUUUUCUUGAUGCAUGUUGUUUCAAUUUAAUAAUAAAGACAUACAAAAAAUAUUUUGGUU